AGCCCUCAGCACACAAGGAGAUAGCUAUUUUUAUGGAGAGCAGCUUCUGGGUACUGCUCACAGAGAAGAAAGUUCUAGAAGAGCAGAACUGGGGGCAUAGGAAGAGCCAAGACUAUCUGAAGCUGCUUACAAGUAUAGGCAAAAUGAAGGUGACCCUGGUGCAUCUGUUGUUCAUGAUGUUGCUGCUGUUGUUAGGCCUGGGGUUGGGACUGGGCCUGGGCCUUCACAUGGCUGCUGCCAUCCUGGAGGAUCAGCCACUGAAUGAGUUUUGGCCCAGUGACUCCCAGAAUACUGAGGCCACUGAAGAGGGAGAGGGCACCCGGACCCCAGAAGCCCUGGCACUUGGCUACAAAGAAAUGGCGCAACCUGUCUGGCCCGAAGAGACUGACCUCAGUGAAGAUGAAGUCGGGGGAAGUAGGAUGUUGAGGGCUGAGACCUUCUUUCAGAGCAAACAAGACUACCUUAAGUUUGACUUGAGUGUCAGGGACUGUAAUACCAUGAUGGCCCACAAGAUAAAGGAGCAUAAUCAGAGCUGCAUAAACCAGUACGCUUUCAUCCAUGAGGACCCAAGCACAGUCAAAGCCGUCUGUAACAGUCCCCUGGUUGACUGUGACCUCAAGGGGGGCAAAUGUCACAAAAGUCCCCGGCCUUUUGAUCUGACAUUGUGCAAGUUGGCCAAACCAGGCCAAGUCACUCCCAACUGCCGCUAUCUGACUUACAUAAUUGAAAAGGUCAUUAUCAUAACGUGCAACGACAUGAAACAACUGGAGGCUAAAUGAAACAGCUCGUGCCUUUCUCUUCUCUUCAUCUCGUUGCCUCUCUUCUUUUGCAUUUCCAUUUGCUGAUGCUUCUGUCACCUCCUUGGGUUUGCUAACUAUAGAGAAGGUCCUGGGAGGAGAGGACGGACAACUGCUGAUCUUUGUCUUCUGAAAAUAUUAUUCUUUGCAUGGGGGGGGGUGGUCAUCCAAUUUGCAUUUUGUUCUGGGGGCCAGAAAUGGCAAAAUAAUAAUGCUUAGUUUCUCCUAGAUAUCUCUCACCUUUAAUCCCUGUCCUACAAAGGCCAAACUCUAGACCUUACCUUAGCCAUAGUCAUCAGCCUGAUCCCUGGACUGAAUAUACCUUGGGUGUAGACUAGAAGAGUCUAAUGCCUCCUUUACCCACCUCCUUCCCUGCUACCUACAUGGGGCCUCUACAUGCUACCUACUUGUGGUAAUCACAGACUCCUGGGCCCUAUACAAAGCAACAUACCUCUGCUGCAGAUGCAACUGAAGUGAUUCUACCUAGGACUGUGUCUGGAAAGCUAUGUGGCUAGGCUUCUUUUCCUGAGCCUGGAAAAUUACUGAGGUGAGGUGGUGAGGGGCAUAGACUGGAAGAUCAAGUGUGCCCUUCUCCCAGCCUUGAGCAGGCUAAAUAGACCUUAAGUGUUUGCCACAGUUGGACCUUAAUGACCCAGGUGGAGUCAAUUUCCUACAGUAGCAGACUGCCCUCUGAGCUUGCUUUGCAACAUAAUCCAGCUGAAACAAAGCAACUCAAUCCAGCUGAAACAAAGGAUGGGUCUGUGGGCUUUCCCUAGUGCUGACUAUUAAACUUUGAGCCUUGAUCAG